AUGUUAACAUAUUUAGAACGUUUUAAUCCAACUAUUAUUGAAGAACGACGUCUAGCUACGAAAGAAUUUCUUAAUUUUGUUUUAAAAUAUUUAUAUUUACGUACACAUGAUGCUUAUUUAAAGUUCUUUCAGAAUGGUGAAAAAGUUGUAUUACCUGAUGUUGAAGCAGAUAUAUUAAAACCAGAAUUAAUCAUACCACAACCAUCACAUAUAUCAAUUCCAAUGACACCAAUAACUAUGCCAUCGAUUUCAAUAAAUAAAACUACAGAUGAACUUUUAUUCAAUGUUGAUGAAAAUGAAGUAAUAGAACAUGUAAAUAAUCCAUCUACUAGAAUACUUGAUGAACUUAAUGAUCUUCAUUUUGAACAAAAUGAUAAUAAUAAAGAUGAUUUAAAUAUAAUUCAAAUUAAACCAUCAGAUUUUAUAUCAUUACCAUCUAAUACAAAUAAUAAUAAUAAUUUAUCUUAA